UCUGGGAACUCUACAGAUACUCUUUAUUAGUUUCCGUUAUCAGUUUGAUAACGUUAGCCUAUGUGGAGAGCAAAGGUUGACUCAAACUGAUACGGUGUGUGCCAACAAGGCGAGAGAACGGGUUCACUGUCAAACAGCCUGAACGGGACUCUCGGUUUUUGAUUCAUUAUGAAUUUCUUCUUGGAAACCAUCAAAGUACUCCUUUUGUCCAUCUGGUACAAUGUGGAGUCUUUCAUCUACCUCUUUGUGCCAAUGAAAAAGAAGAACAUCGCUGGUGAGGUGGUGCUCAUUACAGGAGCCGGUAGUGGAAUCGGCCGUCUCAUGGCUCAGGAAUUUGCAGCUCAUAGCACCGUGCUGGUGCUGUGGGAUAUCAACCAGGAAGGGAUGAAGGAAACUGCUAGACUGGCUAAAAGUAAUGGAGCCAGUCGAGUCCACUACUAUAUCUGUGACUGCAGUGACAAGAAUGAAGUUUACAGAGUGGCUGACCAGGUGAAGCGAGAGGUGGGUGAUGUCAGCAUUUUAGUGAACAACGCCGGCAUUGUGACAGGAAAGAAGUUCAUGGAUGCUCCUGAUUCACUGAUUGAGAAGACCAUGGAUGUCAACAUCAUGGCUCACUUUUGGACCUACAAGGCCUUCCUUCCUGCUAUGAUUGCCAACAAUCAUGGGCACCUUGUCAGCAUUGCCAGCUCUGCUGGACUCAUAGGAGUCAAUGGAUUGGCAGACUACUGUGCCAGUAAAUUUGCUGCAGUAGGGUUUGCAGAGUCUGUGGGUCUUGAGCUGCUAGCAACUGGGAAAGAUGGUGUCAAAACUACGAUUGUAUGCCCGUACUUCAUCAACACCGGAAUGUUUGAUGGAUGUCAAACUAAGUGGCCGAAACUGCUACCAAUCCUGAAUCCAGAUUAUGUGGCAAAGAAGAUCAUCCAUGCUGUGCUCACAGACCAGGUCUACUUGCUUUUGCCUCGGAGCAUGUACCUCAUAGCUGGUCUGAAGAAUGUGCUGAACAUGAAGCAGGCCAUUGUUCUGGGCCAGUACCUGGGAGCCUUCAACCUCAUGGACACGUUCAGGGGGCGCUCCAGGAAACAGGAGUGACGGAGAGGAGAAGCAGUUAUGAAGAAUACCUAAGAUGGAAGGAUGGAUGCAUUAAAAUUAACAUCAACAACAAUUUAAUUGUUAACCCUCAAAUGAAUUGUUUAUUGGUGUAAUAUCAGGGAGCAGCACAUCUCAGUAUAACAAGCCUUGUAUUUUAAAUCUCAACUUCCCAAAUGAAUGAAUGUAUUUUUAAAUGUGUUUUUAAAUUGCAUUAUUAUUAUUAGUGAAUCAUUGUCAUUUUACAGUCUGUGAUAUAAUAUGUCUAUUAACAGGAAAUACAAAGACCACUCAUGGUGGUCCUUUAUAUGUUGUUUUGUUAAUGCAUGCUAGUCCUCAUAAUUUAAUCUUAAACUCUGCAUCAAAUGUGACGUUGUCGUGAAUGUUUCCUGACAUUUCUGAAAUUGCCUUUGUGUAGAUUGUUUAACACUGACAGUUUCCAUCGUAAUUGUCAAUUAAAAAUGCUUAUAUGAUGUUGCUACCAGAUUUAGUGCAUUAAUAAAG